CGCGGAGGCAGGCCGGCGGCAAGAUCCAUCUGCUGGCUCCCUUGCUGGUUCUCUGAGCUCAGAGGAAGCCAAGCCGGGAAAGCCCCAGCAAGCCGCCCUCCAAGAUGAAGAAGCUCCAGGGAGCUCACCUCCGAAAGCCCAUCACCCCAGACCUGCUGAUGACCCCAAGUGACCAGGGUGAUGUCGACCUGGACGUGGACUUUGCUGCAGACAGGGGGAACUGGACAGGCAAGCUGGACUUCCUGCUCUCCUGCAUCGGUUACUGUGUGGGCCUGGGGAACGUCUGGCGUUUCCCCUACAGAGCCUACACCAACGGAGGAGGUGCCUUCCUCGUCCCCUACUUCCUCAUGCUGGCCAUCUGCGGCAUACCCCUGUUCUUCCUUGAGCUCUCCUUGGGCCAGUUCUCCAGCUUGGGGCCUCUAGCUGUCUGGAAGAUCAGCCCCCUCUUCAAAGGUGCCGGCGCGGCCAUGCUGCUCAUCGUGGGCCUGGUGGCCAUCUACUACAACAUGAUCAUCGCCUAUGUCCUCUUCUACCUCUUCGCCUCCCUCACCAGCAACCUUCCCUGGGAGCACUGCGGCAACUGGUGGAACACCGACCUCUGUCGGGAGCACAGAGGCUCCAAGGAUGGCAACGGGGCCCUGGCCCUCAACCUGAGCGGCACCGUCAGCCCCAGCGAGGAGUACUGGAGCCGCUAUGUCCUCCACAUCCAAGGCAGCCGGGGCAUCGGCAGCCCCGGGGAGAUUCGCUGGAACCUCUGCCUCUGCCUGCUGCUGGCCUGGGUCAUCGUGUUCCUCUGUAUCCUCAAGGGGGUGAAGUCUUCCGGCAAGGUGGUGUACUUCACGGCCACCUUCCCCUACCUCAUCCUGCUCAUGCUGCUGGUCCGAGGAGUCACCCUCCCGGGGGCCUGGAAGGGCAUCCAGUUCUAUCUCACACCUCAGUUCCACCACCUGCUGUCUUCCAAGGUGUGGAUCGAAGCUGCCCUGCAGAUCUUUUACUCCCUAGGUGUGGGCUUCGGGGGACUCCUUACUUUUGCCUCCUACAACACAUUUCAUCAGAACAUCUACAGAGACACCUUCAUCGUCACUCUGGGCAACGCCAUCACCAGCAUCCUGGCUGGCUUCGCCAUCUUCUCGGUCCUGGGUUACAUGUCUCAGGAGCUGGGUGUGCCUGUGGAUCAAGUCGCCAAAGCAGCGACUCCAGCAGGCCAGUCGGCCGGCCAUGGACUGGGGCCCAUCACUGGAGGAGAACCGGACAGGCAUGUAUGUGGCCACCCUGGCCGGGAGCCAGUCACCCAAGCCGCUGAUGGUGCACAUGCGCAAAUAUGGGGGCAUCACCAGCUUCGAGAACACUGCCAUCGAGGUGGACCGAGAGAUGGCCGAGGAGGAAGAAUCUAUGAUGUGAGGCAGGAGGCAGGUGGGCAGGAGGCCCUGGCCACAGGGGGCAGCUGUGCCCCUGGGUUCUGAGGGGUCCGAGGCUGUGGGAGGUUGCCAUGCUGAUGCUGGUCCCCCAGUGCAAAUCCCUCCUCGUGGCCUCUGCCUCUCCUGAAACUUGUCUGUCUACACACACACACACACACACACCCGCACGCACGCACGCGCACACACACACACACUCCCAUUCAAAGCUGAGGAUGGUUCAGCUCAGCCCCCACUUUGCAGAUGGACGAACUGAGGCCAGGGAGGAGGGACUUGGCCAAGGUCACAUGGCCAGGCCUCCUGACCAGCUAGCUUCCUUUCUCAUGUGGCCACGGGUAUCACCCUGCAUUUUUGUUUAGAAGGGGCUCAGAGCCCCCCUUCUCUGGGGAGCCUGCCUGAUACUUCAAAAAGCCAGAGAUGGCAGGGACACUGGGCUCCAGAGGCCCCUGGCAUUGGGCUUCAGCAAGUCGAGUGGGAGGAGUCCUGUGGGCCACAUGCCAGGGUGACCUCCAGGCUUCCUGAAGGAAGGGGGACUGAGGGCCCAGAAAGUUCAGAGAGAGGAAGAGGGGAGAUGGCCUUGGUGAGGAGUGGACCCAGCCCACAGGUGGAGGUUAGGCUGCUGGUCCCUGCUUCCCCUGAGCAUCUACCGAGGCAUGGAGGCAGGGAGAGGCGGGAGACGUGGGUGUGACAGUGACAGCAGGGUCCCAUGGGGAUGAAGCCUGGUCGGGACAGGGGUCCAGGGACAGUGGGGUGGGCAGGGGUUUGCAUGAUCUGGUUAGGCUGUAGGUAAAAUAUAUUUGGGUCAGGGCCAGGCACAGGGUGGAGGCGGGAGACCUGCAGAAGGCAGGCAAGAGGGGCUGGUGGCCAGAGCUAGGUUUGGGAGGGGGGAAGAAAGGAGGACCCCCACUCUCCCUUCUGAGAAAGGUUCACAGCUUCCCUCACUGGACCCCCAUGCUCCCGAGUGCAGGGAGCCCAGCGUACAAUUCAGGCAUGAGAGGGAGCCAGACCCAUGCCAUCUGCAGAGGCUGGAACUGGGGGACACAGUCAGGAACAGGGCUCCCCUCUCUUCCCUUCUCCUUCAUCCUGGUGGCCCUCACUGUGCCCUCUGGCUCCAGCCACUGCUGGGAAAUUGGCGGUGGGUGACCAGGACACUGAUUGCUGGGAGAUGGUCCACCGUGUGGCCGUCUGGUCCUGAGGCUGCCACUGCUCCUGGACGUGGGCCCUUGGAGGUGGGCAUGAGGACAGACGCAGAGCACAGGGGCCGCUGACAGCCCCGGCCUGUGGCAGAGCCCUGGCACCUUCCGCCCCGGGCAGGCCACCGGCGGGCUGGUCCUGGAUCCCUGCUUCCCUGGGAGCAGGCGAGCGAACAGCUGCGCCAUCUGCACGUGCGUGGCCAGGUCUCCGGCUCCUGGUGUCUCCCCAGCCCAUCUGUGUCCUGUUGGCUUAUUGUUAAUAAACACCGGUGAGAUCACCCUCCUUGGCCUGUCUCCUGCCGCCGAGCGCCCUGAGGCGGGCAGCACAGGGCAUGCUGGUCCCACUGGGCACACUGGGACCCGAGCCUCCUUUCUGGUCUCUGCCAUUUCUCCAUGGCAGUGGGGGAAGAGGAGGUGGGGAAGGAU